AGGGAGAGCUCUCCAUUUUAGCCCUAUGUUUGAGAGAUGAGAGAUAUGGGUUUCAAUAAGAAGAAAGAAGCAGUGGUGAUGGGAUUAUGGGGGGCUUUGAAGUAUGAUUUUCCUCUCUUUAUUGCUCUCAAGCUGUUCAAGAUGUUGGGCUUCUUCAUAGGACUUCAAGUAAGAAUAUGGAAAACGAUGUGGGCAAUCACUAUGCCAACCAAACUAGCAGCUUUUGCAUGGAGAUUAUGCCAAUUCAUUCUACACCACCUUUUCUCAAAUGGCCCCCAUUGGUUGGAGUUUGUAUCACCAAGGAUAAGCAACGAAGAUUAUGAACGGCUACUUACCAUCCUAUGGGCGUUAUGGUCUGCUAAGAAUGGCAACUUGAUACCGGAAAAGGAUCGAAACGAGAAAGAAGAUCCGGAUUUAGACCAAGCAAUGAUGUCAAAACCGACCGUGUUCUCGACAAAGAAUCGGUGGAUUCCACCACCAAUGGGUUUACAUAAAGUGAACUUUGAUGGGGCAUUUGAUGGUGAUGGAAAGAAAGGAGGUAUAGGCGUUAUAAUUAGAGACAAUGAAGGUUUCGUUUGGGGAGGUGCGGCCAUUAAAAUAGAUGAUGUAAUGGAAGGAAACAUUAAUGAAGCUUGGGCGGCGGUGAAGGCUUUGAAGGUGGCGCAGGAAAUGGGGUACCGCCGGAUUAUUUUAGAAAGCGAUUGUUUUUGGGUUUUGAACAUUUUGUUAAUGGAGGAUGUUGAAGAUGGGUCAUACGUAAGAUGUAUAGUUGAAGAGGGUAAAAGGGUGAUGGGGGAACUUGAAGAAUGUUAUUUUCAUCAUAUUGAAAGAGAAGGGAACCAAGUGGCUAAUUUAAUUGCUAGACAUAGUGUUAUUAUGAGUGAAGACGAUUUUUUUUGGAAGCAUGACUAUCCUAAUUUUAUUCAUCAAUCUAUCAUGUGUGAUGCUAUUAAUUUAUAAUUAUGGACCCCCCAAUUAACACUUGUUUUUCUCCCUAAA